AUGUACAACAAUCUUCCUACUAUCGCAUUUUUCGGAGCAACAGGGGGGUGCGUCCUUUCUUGUCUCACCCUAGCAUUGGAGAAUGGAUACUACUGUAAUGCAAUGGCCCGCAAUCCCACCAAACUCAAAGAUCUACUGAGUGAACGCGGAGUCUACGACUCGGCUAUUGCCAAUAACUUGACUAUCGUGCAAGGUAGUGUCAGUGACACCAGUGCCGUUAAACAGGCUCUUGUGCACAAAGAGGAGCCGGUCGACAUAAUCAUCAACGGAAUCGGCGGAAAGCUCAUUUUUGACGGCCCUCUCAAGCCAACCCUUGAUAACCCUACUGUGUGCCAGGAUGGCAUGCGGACGAUUCUCGAAGUUUCACGCUCAUUAAAUCAGGCCCGAGAUGGCGAUGACAAAAAGCCACUUCUUGUCGUUCUCAGCACGACAGGCAUUAGCGAAAAGCGAGACUUACCUUUUCUGAUGAUGCCCAUGUAUAAGUGGAUGUUGAAGGUACCCCAUGUUGAUAAAAAGGCCAUGGAAGACCUCAUAUUCGAAGAAGUUGCCAUGGAUAAGACGGCAAGGGGAAUCAGGGAGUACAUCAUUAUCCGGCCAAGUUUCCUAACCGAUGGGAAGGGCAAUGGGUUGACAAACAUCAAAGUUGGUGGAGAUAAUAAGCCGGCCGUGGGAUAUGUGAUUUCCAGAAAUGAAGUGGGCGCCUGGCUAUUUCAGAAUUCCGUCCGCCAUGGAUUGAGAGAGGAAAAUCCAUAUUUGGGCAAAAUAGUGACCAUUACGACCUGA